GUUCCUGUUGCAUCAAUAGGAUAUUUUAAAUAAAUAAUGGACAUAAAUUUGUUUGGCUACUGUAUUAAGUAGUAAUGUGCGAUGCAUUGAUAAUCGCGAUAAUUGCAAUAACCGCGAUCAUCGUCAAUACCGUGAUCAUCGUUUAAUAAUCGGAUCGCAGCACCCUGAAUCGUAAUCGAAUCGAAUCGUGGGGUGCCUAAGAUGGCACACCCCUAGUAGACGACCAACCUGCACACUUCAAAUUAGGGGUGUGGCAAAAAUAUCGAAAUGGUGAUAUGCAGUGAUGUGAAAAAAUUGGGACAAACUAUGGAAGCCUGUGUAUUUUCUAACAUAUUUGGUCAUGUGGAUAUUUAAUAGGGGUGUAACGGUACACAAAAAUCUCGGUUCGGUACGUACCUCGGUUUUGAGGUCACGGUUCGGUUCAUUUUCGGUACAAUAAGAAAACAAAAUGCAAAAUAUAAAUGUGCUAGUUGUUUAUUACACACUUUAGUGCUUUCAACAAUAGGAACAGUAGCCUUUUCAAAGCUAGAAUUCUGCUCAAAAGGUAGCGGGUGUUUAAAGAUAAUAAUCCAACAACAAUUUGCCUUUCAGACCCUGCGUAUUGGUCAGCUUUCUGAAAGAAAGAAGAAAAAAGAAGUCCUCUGCUAAAGGGAAAAGCAAUCCCAAUGACAAAGAUUUUAACAUGUAUUUUCCAAACGAAAUGCCUCAAUGAAUCAUUUUUUUUUUUCUUAUGAACGGUUUUCAAAAGCUUUAUUGGUGGAUUUUCUCAAGUUAAAGCGCCACACAGAAAGUAAUAGAUUUAAUUGUGUAAGCAAGAUCUGUGUAUUAUUCUUAUUAUUUAAUUACAGGUGUUUUAACAUUUUAUUUAAAUGGACUAUUAUUUAUUUUAUUAUGUGUUUAUAUUUUACAAAUGUGAUGUAGUAUUCAUUUAUAUUGUAUAUUUUAUGUUGUAUAACUUUAGUUCCUAUGUGAUUAGUUCCUACUUGUUUUGUUGUGGUAGGAAGGUUUUGUAUUGAACACGGGGCCGUGUUGGUUAUUAUUAUAGCAGAGAAGACAGCAGUAAAUCAACAAAGACAAGUCAACUGUGCCCCGAUCUACCACUCAAGAGAUCUGAUGGACUCAAAAAGGUGCACAUUUGAGACCUUGGCACCUAGGGAGUUAGUUGGAUCCUCCUGGAAAAUUGAGUUUUGGCAGGAGCACCUAUGUUCUCCUGAAGAGGCAUGAAAGCAGAGCACAUUGUUUUUUCACGGGAACUACCACACCUCAGUAGCGACGUCUCACUUCAGCAUUGAUGAGGUAACGCCGCGCCGCGCGAACAGCACCCUCCCCGUUCGGCCACACGUUCCAUCCCGGCCAUGGGCCAGAAAAUUUCCGGCGGCAUCAAAUCCGUGGACGGACGCGGGGAAAGCGGCAGCUCCCCGUCCUACCGGCCCGCGGCUCACCGUGGGCAGCACCCGGAACUAAGAGGCCCGGAUUUCUCCAAACCCCCGAGACUGGAUCUGCUCCUGGAUAUGCCUUGCGCCACCUUGGACACGCAACUCCGUCACGCGUGGAACGCGGACGACCGCUCGCUGAACAUUUUUAUCAAAGAGGAGGAUAAGUUGACGUUUCACCGCCACCCGGUGGCUCAGAGCACGGACUGCAUACGGGGACGGGUGGGUUACACGAGAGGCCUCCACGUUUGGAGGAUUCACUGGCCCUGCCGUCAGCGCGGAACCCACGCGGUGGUCGGAGUGGCCACUUCCGAAGCCCCUUUGCACUCUGUGGGGUACACCGCCUUGGUGGGGUCGGACUGCGAGUCCUGGGGCUGGGAUCUGGGACGGAACCGCCUCUAUCACGACAGCAAGAACCGGGCCCACGGCUCGCUGCCGUCUUACCCUUCUUUCCUGGAGCCGGAGGAGGCCUUCACCCUGCCGGACUCGCUGCUGGUCAUUCUGGACAUGGACGAAGGCACGCUGAGCUUCAUGGUGGAAGGGCAGUAUUUAGGAGUGGCCUUCCGGGGAUUGAAAGGCAAGAAACUACAUCCCAUCGUCAGCGCCGUGUGGGGCCAUUGUGAGAUAUCCAUGAAGUACAUCAACGGACUCGAUCCCGAGCCACUUCCUCUGACGGACCUCUGUCGCCGCGCUGCCCGCCUGGCGUUGGGUCGAGAGCGCCUUCAGGAGAUCGAGAGCCUCCCUCUACCCGAGUCACUGAAAAAUUACCUCCAGUACCAGUAACGGACACCAGCGGAACCCAUCGGGCGAGCGGGAAACGCUCGCCUCCUCUAUGGACUUGAAAUAAAUUAUUGACGCAGAGGAAGGAGAAAGCGGACGACUGUUGCCAUCUAGUGGCAGGAAAGCGAACCGCGCAGGGAAAGCACACUCGUCCUCGCCCCGGAGGCCUUGGCCGCGAGCCCGCCGGCUCUCACGCGGGCGACGAGAGGAUCGGAGCACAAAUGUAUUAUUUUUCUUUUGAAACUCGGCGCCCAAAACGAGCGCUCUUCGGGUCGAAGACGGACGGCCGCUCUCGUGGACUUGACACUUUUACUGCAUACACUGACGCAGCGUUUUUAACUUAUUUGCCAUGAAGUCUUAAGUCUUUUGACGGCGUGUGUUUCGUUGCUCCGUUUAAAUCGAAACUAAGGCAAAUUUCAGCACAAUUUUGGGUUACUGAACAGGAAGUUACACAAUAAUGUCCCUAAAUGAAUAGACAUCCAGUCAUACUGAAUUGGACGUCUACGACCGUCAAUGUCGGCCAAUACAAGGCAAUGAGAGUUCAUUUUGGGGCAUUUCUCAUUAUUUCCUGUUGAUUUUCGGUCACUUCCUUUUGGGGCAUUUAAGGGUGACUUCCUGUUGAUUUUUGGGUGACUGAAAAGGAAGAAUGUCCCCAAAUGAAUAGGAAAUAACUCAAACUCAACAGGAAUUCACCUGUAAAUGCCCUAAAAUGAACAGGAAGUGAGCUGUAAAUGCCCACAAAAGAAUGCUCUGGUUUCAGUGCCAUUGAUGGCGCUAGACGUCCAAUGCAAUCAAAACAAAUUUGACCUUUAUGGCCGUCAGUGGCAACAAAUAUCAAACAAUGACUUAAUUUUGAGGCAUUUCACAUCAGGUCCUGUUUAUUUUUGGUCAUCUUAAAGCUCGUUUCCUGUUGAUUUUGCGGCAUUUACUGGUCACUUCCUGUUCAUUUUUGGUUACUAAACAGGAAGUAACUCAAGAAUGUCUCCAAAUGAAUCGGAUGUUUUUGUAGCUAUGUGGCUUUUUUAAAAAAAAAUUUAUUUGCAAUGUGAUAAAAUUGAUUUUGCAAUUUGGCAAAAUGUAUUUUGACAUGUGGCAUUUUUUUGGGUAUGUAGCAAAAUGGAUUUUGCUUUGCGGCAUUUAUGUUUUUGGGUAUGUUGCACUUUUUUAUGUCCAUGCUACUGACGACAAUGCACGUCCAAAUUUUCCAUUCAUUUUAAAUGGCGGAAAAACGUGUGGCUGUGAUUUUUGACCAUCCACUUACAUUUACAGCACACAUUCAACUGGCACCCAAGUCAGGCUAUGCUAUUGACAGCUAUGUGCGUCCAAAUUUUCCAUUCAUAUUAAAUGGCAGACAAACUAAAAUCCAUUUUAACACGUGGCAAAAUUAAUUUUGCCACAUGGCAAAAUCCCAUUUUGUCACAUGGCAAAAUCAAUUUUGCCACAUGGCAAAAAAUAAAUGCCAAAUGGCAAAAUAGACUGCCACAUGGCAAAAAAAAAAAAAAUGCCCUAUGGCAAAAUCCAUUUUGCCACAUGGCAAAAAAAAUGCCACAUGGCGAAAUAUUUUGCCACAUGCCAAAAAAAAGCCAAAUGGCAAUAUAGAUUUUGCCACAUGGCAAAAAAAAAAAAUGCAGAAUGGCAAAAUAGAUUUUGCCACAUGGCAAACAAAUGCCAAAUGGCAAAAAAAUGCCAGAUGGCGAAAUCAAUUUUGCCACAGGGCAAAAAAAAUGCCAAAUGGCACAUUCCAUUUUGCCACAUGGCAAAAAAAUGCCACAUGGCAAAAAAUGCCAUAUGGCAAAAUAGAUUUUGCCACAUGGCGAAAAAAAUGCCACAUGGCGAAAUAUUUUGCCACAUGGCAAAAAAAAAAAUUCCAAAUGGCAAAAUAGAUUUUGCCACAUGGCAAAAAAAAUGCCAGAUGGCAAAAUCAAUUUUGCUACAUGGCAAAAAAAAAAAAAAAAAGCCAAACGGCAAAUAGAUUUUAGCACAUGGCAAAAAAAAUGCCACAUGGCGAAAUCAGUUUUGCCACAUUGCAAAAAAAAAAAACAGUUGGCAUUAUUUUGCAAUUUUGCCACAUGGCGAAAUACAUUUUGCCACAUGCCAAAAAAUGCCAAAUGGGAAAAUAGAUUUUAACACAUUGCAAAAAUGCCACAUGGAAAAAUAGAUUUUUCCACAUGGCUAAAACAUGCCACAUGGCAAAAUCCACUUUGCCACAUUGCAACAACAAAAAAAAAGCCGCAUGGCAAAAUCCAUUGCAACAAAAAAAUGCCACAUGGCAAAAUCCAUUUUGCCACAUGGCAAAUAUCACCUUUGGUUCUCGGCCCUGCUGCAAGAAUGUCCAUAAAUGAAUAGGAAGUGACUUAAAACCUGUCUAUUUUUUCAUUUAAAACUGACAACUUUUUUAAACGAUAUAUGGAUUCUUAUUGGGAACAUUUCGAUAACCUUUUGGGCUAGAAAGUAUCGCGAUAUAUCACCUUUUCGAUAUAUCGUCACACCCCUGAGGAGUUGCCGAUUCAAAAUCUGUUUUCUCUAGUCGUCACUUAUGAGCGGUUUCUUCGAUUGCACUGGACAGGACGCUAAAUGUAUUUUGACCAAAGUAUUCCAUGUCAGGAAGCCAUGUCGAGUUAACACACAUGCAGUACAUCGAGACGAGACCGGAUCUGUUUUCGCGCGCACAAACACACACUGUAGAACGAUCACGUUUCAUUUAUGAAAAAUGCUUGAGUCACUUUUUUUGUUUGUUUUUUAACCUCCGAGUUUGUAUUUUUGACUCAUUGGAUGGCGUUGACGGCGAUAGAUGUCUAAUUAAUUUGGGCUAAAAUGAACUGAAUAUCAAUCGCUGUCAAUGGCAGCCAAAUAGUUAAUAUUAUUGUGUGGAUUCUGAUGUCAAUAGCGUUUUUUUUUUUUUU